AUGAUUGGUAUAAGGAAAGAGUUUGGACUAGUGGUGAAAGCCACUGAUGGGGUGAAAGUCAUUGGUGGACAACUUAGCCAAGUUCGUUAUAGACGUACAUUAGCAUACCCAUUUUACUCUAAAGUGGGAAAUAUACCACCUGCACGUCAUUCCAGGAAGCAAACAGUUUUCAAGAGACUUAUGGAUGAGUUCCUGGGUCCAAAAAAUUACAAAGGUGAAUACUAUCUGAACAAAUAUGCGUAUCCAAACCAGGAUCACACGACCAACUAUGUGGAUCCCGAAACAGAAAGAGGAAAUUCGUUACUAAGUACAAAAGGUCAUUCAAGUAGAUCUGCAGAACAAUCCAGCAGCAGUGAAGGUGCAAAAGAUGGAGAAGAAGAUACAGAGUCUAAUUUGUUAGGUUCCGGAGGAAACGGUAAGGUGAGAAAUAGUCUUCAACCGUUUCCUAUGAAUACACACUGUCAUACAAACACGCAAGUGAGCAAAGAGAUGAAACAACAGAUUAUUAAUGAUGUGGUGAAUUUAAGUCUCACGCCUCAAAGCGUAGCUUUGAAAUAUGGGUUGAAGAUUCAAAGAAUAGAAGCUAUUGUGAAACUGCAUGAAAUUGAGGAAAGGUUCAAGUCUGAAGGAAAGAUUACCAAGGACAUGCAGAAAUUCGCAGACGUCAUGUAUAAUUUGUUUCCACUUUACGACCCAAAGAAGAAUGCAGAGAAUUUGACAGAAAUUCCUAUUCCCGAGGCAACUAAGCAGUCUCGUUUCCUCACAAUUGCAGAAUCUGAACCUUUUGGACCCAUUGACGCUGCCCAAGAAUAUGGACUUGAGCCUGCUGCUGUAACGUUGCAACGUUUAUCUCAUGGAAGUGAGCCAUCAUCGAAUGAUGUCAAAAAGGAGCAGAAGAAAGAUAGUCGUUCAUUUAUUGCUCCUAUGAAUAAGGGUGAUCGUUCAGCUUUCCGGUUCACUAAUGUUAAGGUUGGUAAGGUUGGCUAUAGAUAUGGAAAAUCGUUCAGGGACAAUAGAAAAGACAGGAAAAUUGACUUUGAUGCUGCUGGUAAGAUGUAUUACCCGAUUGAGUGA